GUGCAUUCUCAUUGCUAUUCUUUUGGGCCACUAUCUACGUUCAUUAUCAUAGCCGACCAUGGGAUCUAGCCAAGCUAUAACAACCACGGCUGCUAAAGCUACAAAUGAGUCCAUCAUUGUCGAAAUUCCGUUACGCACUGGUGCCACUAUAGCCAGUAAUAACAAGACCUAUAAUGAGAACCAUUUGGACCCCAUUGAUCCAAACUCCAUGGAGCCGGCGCCAGAACUAGCGUUCUACGUCACCCCACCAGCGCCCUCAUAUUCCAACACACCAUCCCAUCACCAAUCUACCUCUUCUGCAACUUACCCCACUCGCAAUCUUACUGGCGCUCUGCCAGGACCGAGGGCAAACAUUACUGAGGUAUCUCUCGGGCCUUCCACUACCUCAGCCUCUGAAGCUGCAGGAAAGUUGGUGCUUGAUCCACCGAUGGAAGUUCACACAGAGGUCAAAACACCGCUGCACACCAUCUCUCUAAACACCGACAAGGACUUCUCAUCUUUCACUAUGUCCAGGAAUAAUGCCAUCACAUCUAGUGAUUUUGUCUUGGAGAGUCCACGUCUGAUCGAGAUGCAGCGCUUCAGCGACCCUGCCUUGGAUGCAGGUGCACUUAAGAGCACGACAGAGGCGUUCCGAACCAACAAUGAUGAUUAUGCCAACAACAACGCAAGUGACAAUUCCUCUUCCUUUUUUUCUAACUUUUUUGCAAUCCCACCAUCAUUAGCAGGCCGGCCACGCUUGUCGGAAGCUUCUGAAGAGUAUGUGCGUCGAGAGUUCGAGCGAGGCCCAGUAUCUUUAAUGUGGUCUAAGCAGAGCUAUGAUGAAGGUUCAGCUCAUUCUAGAGCGGUAUCUUCUACUUCUUCUACUGCGUCUGAUGGCUGGCUCAGCGGCUGGUGGAACAAGAGCAAUCCCUCUGCGAAAGAGGGCAGAAGAGAAGAAGCGAUGGCUCAAUAA